UCUAUUCCUUUCAGACUCUCGGCCCAUCAGAAAGAGAUGGAGAGACCCCCUCAAGUUUACUUGAUAUAGAGGAGGACCACGAAGUAGAAGAGUGUGUGGCGAGCGAAGCCAUGGAGGGCUCCGCCGCCGCCGCCGACCACUCCGCUCCCUCCCCGACCACCCCCUCCGCCUCCGCCUCCUCAUCCGGAUCCAAGCGCCCCCACCCCUCCUCCACGGCCGCCGCCGGCGGCGGCGGCGGCGGCGGCUUCCGCGUCCCCGCGCCGCAGCUCCCAACCGCCUCUGCCUCCGAAACCCUUUUCCGAAUCAUCUGCCCCGCCGAUCGCCUCGGCGGCGUCGUCGCCAAGGACGGCUCCGUCCUCGCCGAGCUCGGCGCCGGCGCCGCCGCGAUCAGCGUCGACAACCCCGUCCCGCGCUGCGACGACCGCGUCGUCGUCAUCGUCGGCGAGUCCCACCCGAGGAAGGAUCCCGCAGCGACCGCGGAUCACGAGGCGUCCCCGGCGCAGCGGGCGCUGGUUAGGGUUUACGAGAGGAUCGCGCGGGGCGAGGAGGAAAGGAUGGGCGGUGGCGACGGGGGAGGAGGGGAGGGGAAGGAGAUGAUGAUGCAGCGGCUGGUGGUCUGCCGGCUCCUGGCGCCGGGCGGACAGGUAGGAUGCGUGCUCGGGAAAGGCGGGAAGAUCGUAGAGAAGAUCAGGCUGGAGAGCGGGGCGCAGAUUAGGGUUUUCGGGAAGGAGCACCUGCCUCUGUGCGCUGCUCCCAGUGAUGAACUUAUCCAGAUUUCUGGGAGUUUCUCUUCUGUAAAGAAAGCACUGCUAUCGGUUUCAAGUUGCCUUCAGGAAAACCCUAGAUCAAGCAUAACUAACUUUGCCUUUACAAAAUCUGCGCCAAUGAACCCUUAUGGUCAAAGAAGCUUUCCACCUAGCUCAAAUGUUUCGCAUAGAAAGGUAAUUGAAGAGGAUGUUAUCUUCAGAAUGUUGUGCUCCAGUGAUAAAGUUGGUUGCAUCAUUGGGAAAGCAGGUGCUGUUGUUCGUGCUUUACAAAAUGAAACUGGUGCUCUUAUCAAGGUUCUUGAUUCUGUUCUGGAUUCAGAUGAGAAAAUCAUUACUAUAUCUGCACGUGAGAACUCUGAAAUGAGACAUUCUCCAGCUCAAGAUGCUGUGAUGCGUGUACAUACUAGACUUGCAGAUGCAGGCAUUGACAAAGGUCCGACUGUUUCUGCAAGGCUUCUUGUUCCUGCACAGCAGAUUGGUUGUCUUAUGGGUAAAGGUGGUACAAUUAUUGCAGAAAUGAGAAAAGAGACUGGUGCUAGUAUUCGAAUAUUUUUUAAAGAACAAAUACCAAAAUGUGCUCAACCAAAUGAUGAAGUUGUCCAGGUAACUGGUAAUUUCCAAUCUGUGCACGAUGCAUUGCUUCGCAUCACUGGCAGGAUUCGGGAGAACAUAAUUCCCGUAAGGAUGGAUUCAAUGACAGGCAUUAACCAGUAUUCACCUAGAUCAAGACAAGAGCCAACACCUUCUGGGCGUUAUUCUACACCUGGUCUCUCUCUUGGUUCUGAUCCUUCAAUCGGUAUCUCUAAUUCAGCAGAUCAAAUCCCCUUUUACUAUGGGAGCCAAACUGCAGGAUCUCGUCCUUUUGUCGAUCGUCCUUCACCAAGAUCAUGGGCUCCUGAGGUUCCUAGCGGCGGAAGCUUGAAAGGCACUCCAGAUAUGGGAGAAGGUUUCAGAGGUGGAACAUUUGGAAGUGGAGGAAGCCAGAUAAAUGUGCAAACAAGCACAAAAACGGAAGUUAUUGUUCCUUGCCAGUAUCUGGGAUUCGUCUGUGGGGAGAAUGGUAAUGACCUUGCUGAGAUAAAGAAGAUGUCAGGUGCUAUGGUCACAGUUCAUGAUGCAAAACUUGGAGAAACAGUAGGGAAAGUCACCAUAUGUGGAACCCCUGAUCAGACCAAGAUGGCACAAAGUCUUCUCCAUGCUUUUAUCUUGUGUGGGCUUUUCCCUUCUUGAUGCUAUGCUGCAUGUGGUCUUCUCAUUAAGCUAGAAGCUACUUCUCUCAGUAGGUUCUUUCUUCUCCUCUCCCCGGCAACCCCCAUCCCAGCACCCCCCCCAGCCACACACACACAAAAGAACAACACACUUCCUUUUUCAAUUGAAAUAGCUGUAGGAUUUUUCUCAAUGCUAGCCCAAAUUUUAGCACAGCUUCGCCUUUCUUCAUGCGGAAUCACAAGGAGAGGAGCUGUGAUGUAAAUUUUUCUGGCAAACUGCCUUUCUGUUUGCAUGCCGUCUCUAUGUAGACACUCUUAAUUGCUCAAUCUAUAUUAUCUACUGAGAAAGCAUGUUGUUUUCCUGGAAAUGUUUUCUCAA